GCUACUGAUUGAAUGUGCUGAUAACACUUCUCGCGUUCAAGUUUGGUACAAGUAUGUUAAUUUUUUGAAGCUGCCAAGGCUUCCUCUCCAACUAUAGUGGUUGGUCAAGAACUUUCACGAGGUCAUCUACUGCAUUUUAAACAAAUUCAAAAAUAACGACAGAUCUAUUUUCAACACCUGCCCAGUCUCAUUUCGUUUUCAUUAUUAUUAUGUAUUAAAUUGCAAUGCUACUUUGAAAGUUCGUAAUAAUGAUACGUAGUGUGAUCGGAAGCUACUUCGUGGCAAGUAUUUUGUUUUGUGGAAUUUCUGCCAAACUUAAUGAUUAUGACGUAAGAAGCGAAAAUGAAAUAUGCUCGGAUGAUGUGGAUUAUGCUGAAUCCGCCUUUCUUCGAAAGAGAUGGCUUUCGGAGUUAUUCUUCGAGGCACAGACGAAGUUUAAAAUGGAUCCUACGGAGAAUACUGCGUGUAAACAGGAUUUUGAUUUGUUCAAGUUGCAUCUUGGAAAUCAUUCUACGUGGGCGAUCAAAAUGAUGGAAUCAUCAGAAUGGCCAUUAGCUGGGAUUUUUUCUGGAACGGUCGAUUAUCUGGGAAAUUAUGACCAGUGUUUGGAAAUUUCGGCAUACAGCAUCAAGGGACGAUACUGUUUAGCCAAUGUAGCGUAUCAUUAUUCGGAUACUGUACAAAGUGAAUCAUUCGAAGAACUUGAUCAACGAAUUUCAGCUUGGAGUGCUUUAUCUAUGUAUGAAAAAAAUCCAGGUCGAGUGAAUAGAAAAAGACUGACGUUCGCUUUGUGUGUGCCAUCGUCUUGCAUGUCAACUGAUCUGAAUGCGUCUCUGAAUAACCUGUUGCAUCCGAUAUUCAAAAAUAACGGACUCGAUGUGACGAUUGAUGUGGAUCCUAUACUUUGCAAAACGCAGAACGAUCGUGCUUAUUCAUCAGGAUUUUAUAUUGCCACAUGGUCGUUUUUAGCGUUUUUUGGGUUUGUGAUUUGGACGACUUUUUAUGAUAAUGUCACUUCUAAUGAUACUGAAACGGGUCAUGAUGAUAAACAGAAAUGGCGUUUCUUCAAAGAGGUAUAUGAAAUUUUCUCCCUGAGCAGAAAUUUCAGAAAGUUGAAGCAAUACAAUGCUAAAGAAAGCGCAGAACUGCAUUUUGUGAAAGUUCUGAAUAUGUUAUUUACUAUUUACGGUCAUCGAUUUUUUUGCAUCCUGAGUUUUCCUUCAUCCACUCCUGUUGUGAAAGAACAAUUUUAUACAGGCUUUGAUUUACUCCUAACGCACAUGAACAUUGUUGUGGACUCUUUUUUCUUCAUUAGUGGUUACUUGACAUUUAAUUGUGAAUUUCAAUCUAUGAAGAGAGAUGGGAAGUUCUUCUUAGUUACUAAUAUCCUACUCAGAUGGUUGAGAAUGACUCCAGUAUUUGGUGUUUUGGUGUUAUACGUCAUAUACAUAUUUCCGUACACUGGAGAUGGUCCACUUUGGAAUUAUGAAGUGUUGAGUGAAGUCGACAAAUGCAAGGAGACCUGGUGGGCUGGUUUAUUUGCCAUCAACAACAUUGUCAGAACCGAUCAACUGUGCAUACAUGCAAGUUGGUACAUAUCAGUGGAUAUUCAGUUGGCUGUAAUUGGAGGAAUUUUAUUGUACAUUUGGUCAAAAAAUACAAAAAUUGGCAUUUUCUCAGUUGGAGUAACGUUCAUCACUUCUAUUGCGGUGACAUUUAUGAUUGCCUAUAAGAACCACUUAUAUGGACUGAUGAGAAUACAAUUAAAUAAUCAGAAAGUAGUGAGAACUAACCCUGAAUUCACUCAUUUGUACACAGCAACAUUUGCUAGAUGUGCUCCUUAUUUAAUGGGAUUUAUGACCGCUUAUGUUGUUCAAUCACUGAAUGAAAACAAAAUCAAAUUUACCAAAAAACAAACAUUUGUAUAUUCACUUCUAGCCAUUUUGGUUAGUGAAGCCUGCUCAUUUUACGGACUCGUGUUUUAUGCGACCGACAGACCAUAUGAUAGAUUUGAAAACGCUUUGUAUGCGGCUUUAAAUCAUGUGAUAAUUAUGAUGCUAUACGUUGUCUUGGGUUGUUUUUAUUUCACAUCAGGAUUAGGCGUGUUUGAUAAUCUUUUCGGAUGGAAAAUAUGGAUUCCCUUUGGACGUUUAACGUAUUCGGUCUACUUGGUAAACUCGAUUGUUCAAUGGUACCAUGUUUCUUCUCAAAAACUGCCGUUUACUUUACCCGAUAGAAUAAAUUUGAUAUGGUGGUUCCUAGGCGAUGUUGUGUGGAGCUACUUGAUCGGAUUGGCUUUAUAUUUAUUUGUCGAAGCUCCAAUUAUGAACUUGAGAGUAUUAGUUAAGAAACAAUUAUCAAAAAUGUUUGUAAAGCCCAAACCAGAUGAACAUAUCGCAGAUGGUGAUUCAGGGACGCCUGUGAAGCAAUAACUUUCCCAUUAUCAGUUGAGACGAGUUACUUACCUGCUAAUUUUUUAAGAAUCGCGAAAUUUUUAAAGGUUGUUGACAAAGAAGUUACUGUGUAUCUAUCCACUAGGAGAAAAUUCAUUAAAAUUAAACUAAAAAAAACACAUUUAAAUCAACAAUCU